UAUCCGUAUUACUUAAAUAGGGACUUAGUGUCUCGAUCUAGUUGAAGACGUAACUGUUUCUCUGCCAACAAUUUUUUAUGUCCGUUUAACCGCAUAAACGUGCGCGAACCAUGGCAGGGCGUGAUGAGAGUCUGCGCACAUGUUCCAGAGGGAGUGGCAGUCUUCUACCGACCCUCUCCAACGAUACCUUAUCGCUAUGUGGUCUAUUUGAGUCCAAUGUUGAUUUGGUGAUGGAGGUCACCAGGUUAGACAAUGUGUCUCUGUUUGUGCCUAGAGUUGUUGGUGACUGGGAACAAACAGAUGACUAUCUGAGGAGAACUGUAGAAGACAAUCACCGCCGUUGUUGGUUCGUCGGUAGUGAACUCCGUAUGUACCACCUAUAUACUUCUCAGUCUGGCAUAACUUCCCUACUUGGGUGGGCAUUGAAGUUGCCUGCUAAAACAACUAUAUCUGAACGUCGUUUUGCUUUCUGCAGCACAUUGGACAGUUUCCCGUCGAAGUGAUCCUUAAGUUCAUCCGAGGAAUGUUAGCUGACUGAAGUAGAGUUGGAGUUGGAAAGGAGUUAAUCAGACCAGGUGAAAACGUGGAAUCAAGCACUGAAGUCCUUGAGAGUUGUUUUGAGCCACAUAGGGGGUAGGU